UUGCGAAUUAUGUAAAGAAGCUGGUUUUCCUAAGGGCGUUAUCAAUGUUCUUUCCGGUUUUGGUACAACGGGAACAGCUAUGGCUAACCACAUGAAUAUUGAUAUGAUCACCUUUACUGGUUCUACUGAAGUAGGAAGGUCUAUUCAGAAGGCCGCAGCGGAAAGCAACUUGAAAAGGGUUUUGCUCGAAUUAGGCGGAAAGUCACCAAGUAUCAUAUUCGCUGAUUCCAAUCUCGAUACUGCUGUCAAAUUUACUCAUAACGGAGGUUUUUUUAACCACGGUCAAUGUUGUUGUGCUGCUGCCCGUAUUUACGUUGAGGAAUGCGUUUAUGAUAAAUUUCUUAAGAAAUUUAAAGCAAAUGCUGAAGCUAUUAAAAUUGGCGAUCCGUUUGAAAAAGGUGCCACUUUGCUUAUGGGUGAAAGACUCGGUGGACAAGGUUUCUACAUAAAACCAACGAUUUUCACCGAUGUAGAUGAAAUUUUUGGACCUGUUACUUGCAUUGCUAAAUUUAAAACUAUCAAUGAAGUAAUCGAAAAAGCCAAUUUGGCAAGAUAUGGACUGGCUGCCGCCGUAUUUACUAAUGAAAUAACCAAAGCUAUAAAACUUUCUGAUGAAAUUAAGGCCGGAACGAUUUGGGUGAAUCAAUACAUGACAGGUGAUAGUAGUCUUCCAUUCGGAGGAUACAAGCAAUCUGGAAUUGGUCGUGAAAAGGGCAAAUAUGCAUUGAAGGAAUACACUCAAAUAAAAACCGUUCAAAUUAACUUGGCAACUAAUUGUAAUUAG